UAAAUAAUUAUGGAGUUACUUGUCUAGCAGCCUAUAGUCAUAUUAAUUAUAUAUAUUAAUAUGACUAAUAUGACUAUAUCUUACAGGACAUAAUGUUUAUUCACGGCAUUACUAACAAUAAGGUUUUGAGUGUGUGAACAACUUUCCCUCUUUCUGAUAUAGCUUCAACUAAUAAUGAAAUUCACUUUGGUUUCCUGUCAACAAUAAUACAUUAUGUCCAUACAUACAAGUGCCAUUUUAUUUUUACUUUUGGCACAGCAAUAUGCUCUUAUAUUUUAUUUAAUUUUUUACAAAUAUUUAUUAACUUGAAAUUCUUUGUCAAAUGCAUCUUUUAAACUAGCUUAACAUUUGAAUAGCAUAUAACUUGACAUAACAGAGAGAACAUUUUGAUAAGGCUUUAUUAUAAUAUUUCGUUUUUCAAUAAGAUUAUAUCUAGGCCAACCCCAUACAUUUCCCAUUAUCUUAUUCGGUAUUGAUUAAAAACACGAUUUGGUAUGGAAGCAUUUAUUCAUCUGCCAAAUUAAUAAAUGGAGGCUUAAAGAGGAAUUAAGCAGUUUUGCAAGGGGAGGAGCUUGCCCGUGAACCCCAAGUGCUGCUGAGUUCGAAACGGACGGAAACGUAGGUCCUGCUUGUUCAAAAGCCAAAAUCCAAUUGCAAGAAAACUCUUGCCUUGGCCCAAAAUUUGCUACAGUAAUGUCAGUCUCCGAGAGAUCCGUUUUCAAAUUGUCUACGGUGAACUUCCUCAAUACAGAUGGUGGGGCAUACAGGUGGGGCAUACAGAUGCUCAGGUAUUGUCCUGGACUAUCAAGUCCAAAAUAGCUGGACCACCACAGCAGAGUCGGCCACGUUCCAGUAAGUAAACCAGAUUUAGACAUCUCCGCUCCAAGAAGCCAUGGCUCUAUUGCGUUACCAGUUUCUUCAUGGAGAUAUGAACUUGGAUGGAGCACACUUGAGAUCCUUCCUGGUUCCUCGGGUCAACGCGUGCCCCUUCAACGCUUCUGGUGGAAAAGAAGAUCCGUCCUAAUUUACAUUGGACUCUUCAGGGCAAGUCAGGCAGUCUCUCGAAAUCUCAGCCAUCAGACUCACGAUAGAUAUGGUCUCUCUGAAAGGCACACGUUCAAAUGCUGAAAACCAGCGUUCAGAACCAUCGUUUUACCCCGGACACAAACCCUUGACACUUAACACAGACACGGACGGCAAUCCUGACAGUCCUCUGCAAUUGCACUCGCAACAUUUGCACAGCUUGUCUUUUUCUACACCUUCCUGCUCAGAAUCUGACAAUAAGCAACUCGCACAUUACUUGGCUCUCGACAGCAGUAAAUGCCCAAGCCAGUGGAGUGAAAGCAGCACCGACAGAAGCCUCAUUACCACACUGAGCAUCAGUCAGAAAAACAAAGACGAAGAGCCAAAAAAUUCUCAGAAAGACUUUAGCGGUAGCGGUAAAACUUUCAGAAAGAAGACACAAGACGUGACUUUAGAAACCGCUGCAAGUGGCUGGCUGUUGACGAAAGUUGGGAGGAAGAAGCGAUGUCCUUACAUCAAACACCAAAUCCUAGAGCUGGAAAAAGAAUUCCUAUUCAACAUGUACCUGACUCGCGUGCGCCGCCUGGAGAUAAACCGGACAAGUCUCACCGACCGCCAGGUUAAAAUCUGGUUUCAGAAUCGCUGGAUGAAACUGAAAAAAAUGACGAGAGAGCAUAGCUCUAGGGACCCUGGCAACAAUUUCACUCUCUAGUCAUUUCUGUAAGACGGCGAUAGAAGACCGAACUAUGCGCACAAAUCAUUGCAGCCAUCAUCAGUUGCAAGUGGAAUAAUGCCUCUGAUGGAUUAACAGGAAGAAACAUUCAGUCAAAUUUGUCUACGAUGGUUCAAAAUCUAUGCUUUAUAAUGCUAAUGUAACGGAGAUAAAUUAGUCAGUACAUCGCAUGAAGAACAGAAUAACGUCAUAAGAAGAUACGUCUGUUUGGUCGCUCAGUGUAAGAUACUCGCACAAGUCCAGGAGCACUUUAUUUAAUUUAAGUUCUAGCGAACCUUUUUGAAAGACUAAACAUUUUUGUAAUUUUCGAUAUCUGACCCAGAUUUUCUCAUCAUUUGAGGAUGAUUGUUUUCAGCACAUGAGUGUUACUACGGUUUGGGGUUAUCACAUAAUGCCUAGUUUUAUAUUAUAAGUAACAUAUUAUUUUGUCUGACAGUCUAACACCCUAAGUAAAUAAAAUAUCUUAAAGUGAAUCCAUAAUCAGGGGAGACAAUUUUAGGUGGUAGUGUUUAUUGUCUGGUCUUGAUAUUGGCGAAGAAGCACAGAUUGUCUGAUGAAGCAUGGUUUAAUAUACUAACAGACUUUUUCUGACUAAUUACUGUAUUUGAAAAUGUGUGCAUUUUCAAUAAAAGAUUGCUUUACGUAAUAAUUUCAAGUUUAUUCGCUAUAAUAAGAGCGUUACGACAUUGAAAAUCUGUCAUACUACCUGAAUUACUAUAAUUAUGUCUUAGAUCUGCAGUGUUUUGGUUGCGAAACGGUUUUUAGUUUGCAUUGGAUCAUUAGACCUACUUAUCUUCUAAAUAUUGUUCAAUACAUACAAAUACAUGGACGUAGAUGUGUUUAUGUUAGGUAUGAAGUAAGAUAUAUAUAUUUGGAAUUUGAGAUACAAUUUGAACUACAAAACAAUAUGACUGUGGUUGCCUGAACAGAAUAACUAUACAUUAAACUCUUUCAAAUAAAAAGAAGACAUAUAGCCAUAAAUUAUUAUGAUAUGAUACAUAGUAAUUUAUGAUUAGCCUUUAAAUAACAGGAAUAUUACCGAAAGUGCAUGAAGGAUGUAAAUGA